AACCAGCAGCCAAUGGCCGCCUUCCAGCCUGCCGCCCCCGCCGCGGCCCGGGUGGUGACUAAAGUCCUUCCCACGGCCAUAAAACCGCCGUGCGGUGACAUCGGGCCGCAUCACCGGAGGAUGGGGACCCGCUCGGGAGACCUGGCUCAGCCCCAGAACGGGAGCUCGGCUCUCACCCCCACGGGCCUCCCACAUCCCCCUGGGAAGGAGCUGCCUGCGGAUGGCAGGGAUCCUGGGGCGGGCACCGGGCCCCCCCGGCCGGAGGUGGACAUGCUCUACAGGAUCGAGGACGUGCCCCCCUGGUACCUCUGCAUCCUGCUCGGCUUCCAGCACUACUUGACCUGCUUCAGCGGCACCAUCGCCGUCCCCUUCCUGCUGGCCGAGAGCCUGUGUGUGGGCAAGGACCAGCUCACCGUCAGCUACCUCAUCGGCACCAUCUUCACCUGCGUCGGCAUCACCACCCUCAUCCAGACCACUGUGGGCAUCAGGCUGCCCCUCUUCCAGGCGAGCGCGCUGGCGUUCCUCGUCCCUGCCAAGUCCAUCCUGGCUCUGGAGAAGUGGCGAUGCCCGCCUGAAGAGCAGAUCUACGGCAACUGGGCGCUGCCGCUCAACACCUCCCACAUCUGGCAGCCCCGCAUGCGAGAGAUCCAGGGGGCCAUCGUGGUGUCCAGCCUGGUGGAGGUGGUCAUCGGGCUGCUGGGGCUCCCCGGGGCGCUGCUCAGCUACAUCGGGCCGCUGACCGUCACCCCCACCGUCUCCCUCAUCGGGCUCUCCGUCUUCCAGGCGGCCGGCGAGCGGGCCGGCUCCCACUGGGGCAUCGCUGCGCUGACCAUCUUCCUGAUCGUCCUGUUUGCCCAGUACCUGCGGCACGUCGCUGUCUGCCUGCCCGGCUACCGGCGGGGCAGCGGCUUCGUCCUGCUCCGCGUCCAGAUCUUCAAGAUGUUCCCGAUCAUCCUGGCCAUCAUGGUGGUGUGGCUGCUCUGCUACGUGCUGACGCGCACCGGCGUCUUCCCCGGCCGGCCCGAGGCGUACGGCUACAAGGCCAGGACGGAUGCCCGGGGGGAGAUCCUGUCCGUGGCACCCUGGUUUCGGGUCCCCUACCCCUGCCAGUGGGGUCUGCCCACGGUGACCUCAGCGGCCGUGCUGGGCAUGUUCAGCGCCACGCUGGCGGGCAUCAUCGAGUCCAUCGGGGACUACUACUCCUGCGCCCGGCUGGCGGGAGCCCCCGCUCCCCCCGUGCACGCCAUUAACAGGUACGGCCAGCUGAGCCCCCUGCCACCCCCUGCCCAUGCCGUGGCAUCCCUGGGGACCAGGCAGGGAUGCUGCAGGAGAGCAGCAGCGGGGACCAGCCCGUUCACGUUGUUCCCCAGGGGUAUUUUCACCGAAGGCAUCUCCUGCAUCAUCGCGGGGCUGCUGGGAACCGGCAACGGCUCCACCUCCUCCAGCCCCAACAUCGGUGUCCUGGGCAUCACGAAGGUGGGGAGCAGGAGGGUGAUACAGUACGGGGCCGGGAUCAUGCUCGUGUUGGGGACCAUCGGCAAGUUCACGGCGCUGUUCGCCUCCCUGCCUGACCCCAUCCUCGGCGGGAUGUUCUGCACCUUAUUCGGCAUGAUCACGGCCGUCGGCCUCUCCAACCUGCAGUUCGUCGACAUGAACUCCUCCCGCAACCUCUUCGUGCUGGGCUUCGCCAUGUUUUUUGGGCUGACGCUGCCAAACUACCUGGAUUCCCAACCCAAGGCCAUUAACACAGGUACUCCCGAGCUGGACCAGAUACUGACGGUGCUGCUAACGACGGAGAUGUUCGUCGGAGGGACCAUCGCCUUCAUCCUGGACAACACCAUCCCGGGGACGCAGGAGGAGCGAGGGCUGGUGCAGUGGAAGGCGGGCGCGCACUCGGACAGCGUGGCAAAAGCCAGCCUGAGGAGCUACGACUUCCCCUUCGGGAUGAGCGCGGUGAGGAGGAGCCGGUGGCUGAAGCACGUACCCAUCUGCCCGGUGUUCACGGGGUUUAAGGCCCGGGCGCAGGACAGCGGCGCGGCGGCAGCAGCCGCAGACAUGCAGGAUACCGCAGAUGGGCUCUCCGUGUGCACCAAGGUCUGA